AUGCGGGAACGCUCGAACUCUUGGAAGGCUGCCCAGCAGAAAAAGAAGAGGGAGGCACGUCGUAAACUGCGUGAAGUUAGAGGUUAUAACCCAGAUGCUCAUCGAGAGAAGGAUGCUGAACGGGCCACGGGUAGAGCAUCGAAAAAGGCUAAGGAAGUGUACAGGAAGCACGCACGCAAGUACGGGGAGUUCCUUAUGGAGGUGAAGAACAUGCAUGAAGGCUUUAGGCUCGAAGAGGGAUAUCCAGCCCCAACGCUCGAAAGACUCAAGCAAUACAUGCGAUGGUUCAUUGAAUCUACGAAGGACCGGCUUGACCCUGAUGGUCGGCCAACAAUGAAAUCGACUCAACCACGCCGGAAAUUUCGUUCCAGGCUUUUUCCUGACUGGCAACGUAUCCCUGAAUGUGAUGCUGCCGAUCUUUAUAAUAAGGAUUUGGUCCAAGACCGCACCAAUAAAGCAAUUAAAAGGCAAAAGUUUGAUCUGAAGCUUUGCGAUUUUGAACGAGCUAUGACGGCUCUGUGGGAGACUGAUGAUAUCAGAAAUUCGAGCGAGGUCUCCGUUAUGAGAACAUUCGACUUGUCUUAUUCCGUGCUGUCGAUGCCCCUUGGAGACUUGGAUUUCGACUUGAAUAUCGACUUGAUCAACAGUGGGCCAAGAACAACAUAG